GUUCAAGAAGAAGAAGAAGAAGAAGCAGAGGAUUGCGACUUAGAGCUGUGUUUCCUCCUUAACGCUCCUCAGGAAGGCAGGCGGGGCGUUUCAGCACAGGACUUGAGAGAAACGCGGAAAAGCUGCUGCUGAUUUUUUCGGCAGUUCCAGACAGAUUAUAUAUAUAAUAUACAUAUAUACACACACAGACAGGCUACCGUUGUGGAAUGGAAGCUGAUCAGAAUCAGGAAGUGCCAGAGGCUGUUGAGCAGACCCAUGUGGCAGAGACAGAAUUGCCCACUCCUGAGCAGCCCCAAUCUGAGGAGGUGAAUGAGACUCCUUCAGCUCAGGACCCUUCUGAGCCAGAGAAGCCAGCAGUGCAAGAUUCGAAACCUGAGAUAGAGUCCACAGAACAAACACCCGAAGUGGAGUCUGCCAAAGAGAAUGCAUCUCCUGAGAAAGCCACAGAGCCUGAAACGGAGGAAGUAGCAGAGAAAGCUGUCGAGGUCCAAAAAUCUGCCGAGGAACCAGCUGAGGUUGAGAAAAAGCCAGAGAUUGAAGUGGUGGAGCAACAAAUAACAGAGCCAGCAAAGCCAGAAAAGAAAGCAGAAACUGAACAAAAGGCAGAACCAGAAGAAGAUGGGAAAGCAGAGCCUGCUGCAUCAACCGAAGCAGAGAAAGCAGAAGCCGAACUGGCCGAAGCAGAGCCGGAAAAGCCCUCAGAGGCUGAAGCAGUUCAAGCUGUGUCCCCAAAAGAGGUGGAGGCAAAACCUAAAGAACCAGCGCUCCCCUUGUUCUAUGGCUGGUUCUUAAACUCUGACGUAGAAGAGAAGAUAAAGUGUUCCACGAUGGAGUUCCUGAAGACGCUGGACACUCUGGAGGCCUUCAAGAAACAUAUCAGUGAUUUUACUGGGGAUGCAGAGAAGGAGGUGGAUCUGGAGCAGUACUUUCAGAUCAAUACACCACUCCACUGCACUACUAUGUUCUGUGACUAUGGAAAGGUUGAGGGAGCAAAAGAAUAUACUGAACUGCAGGUGGUUAAAGAUUCCUAUGGCAACGCAACAGAGCUAUCUGUUGUUGGUCUCAUAGUGACUCCUCGUAUAUUCGGUGCCCGUGUGGCACUGACCACUGAGCAGCUGUUGCUGUGGCCCACGGGAGCUGAUAAAGUGGGGAUUCCUCCAGACGACCUCCCCGGCGUUGAGGCUCUCCCAGUGGGCAGCCGUGCUCACGUGUCCCUAGGCUGUGCAGCAGGUGUGGAGGCUGUUCAAACCGGUAUUGACCUGCUGGAGAUCCUGAUCCUCCAGCAAGGAGAGGAGAAAGCAGCCACAGUGGAGGAGCUUGAGCUGGGCACACUCUCGUACCUGGGCCAGGGUCGCUGGUAUCUUGUUCUGAGGGAGCCGGUCACAUGCGACGCCACAUUCUCGAGCUUCUCUGAUGAAAAGCAUCAUCCCACUGAACCAGGAAAGAAGGAUGGUGGGGAAAAAAAGAAGAAGCCAAAGUGUUCAAUUCUGUGAGGAGUUGGAGAGAGCUGAUGAGGAGGAGAAGGAGUGAUGGUGUUCUGGGGCUAAGAAUGGUUUAGUGUAUGUGUGAUUGUGUAUGAAUGUUUUUCAGCUUUAGGGCUGGGAGUGGGCGAUUGGUACGUACUACACCUCCUUACCAUUCCAAAGCGACCUCUCUUAGCAGGUGCCUUUUUUCUUUCGCUUGGCAGCACAAACGCCAAGGCCUUAAGAUCUGCCUUACAGUCAACCGUCACCAUGCUGUAGCUUGUCUUUCACUCUGCACUAGGUGCUCGCUCUCACUGCAUUAACCCUGUUUCUCUUUGCACUGCAGCAUUCAGUCUUCCCUGCACUUCUACUAACUGAUUGCUUAUCUAAAUGCAUUGAUCUAUUGGGUUGUGUAUGAACAGCAGGAGUAAGAGUUCCUCUUUUUCCAGCAGACUGAAACGAUUCGACAAAUUUUACAUCUUUUGAAUUUAGAACAGCCUGUAAUCAAUUGCCAAGUUAAUGAUUUGUUAGGUUGUUUGGUACAAAGUUUGUAUAAUCGUUGGCCUUGGGGGUGUGUGUGUAGUGUUAGACCUUUUUUUUUCCUCUCUCUUUCUUUUCAGUUGUAAUAAAAUCAGUGAAUUUCCUUCAGAUUGCAUGAUGUUUGUGUCCAGCUUUAGUCACAUCCAACUCGUAUACAUCUUUAACGUGUACAGUCGCAGACCUGUUUAACAGUUUCUCCUUUACUACUAAUUUUCUAUCUGUAUUCCGUGUAGUUGGCUGUUUUGCCUGUUUGAGCAAAACAGAAUGUCUUGGCUAACUCUCGUGUUCAAACAGCAUCGUCACUUCAUGGCAGAUGAGAUUAUGUGCCAUCCGCCACUUCACGUGUUAACUUGCAUCAUCCUUCUCUUUAGCUUUGGAGCUAGUCUCACUUUUGCUCUUUCCAGCUUCUGUCACUUUUGACAAGCUGCACUAAGAAUACUGUGACUGGCCACUGCCUUGAUACCUUUGUCUCUAACGGGGGUGGUACAAGGCAGGAGCCGUGCUUUUGUAGGCCUCGCACGUCGAGGUGCUGUAUUUUUGCACUUAUUCUUUUUUGUACACUUAUUAAACAAUUUGCUUGGCUCUGACAA